UACUUUACUGUUCCUGUUUGUCGGAGUCAAAAGUUACUGCGGCCCUGUCUGUGGUCUAUAUUUCGCAUUUUAACCGGGAACAUUUGCCGUUUAUUAGCUCUAGGGUUAUGUUACGUUUAUUUUGAACGCGUACACAUUAUGCUUUAGUAAAGUGAAUCGCCAUAAAUGAGGCAAACAGGUGAAUGUAUGAGGCCAGAGGUUUCAAAACAAGCUCUCCUCGGGAACAGAAAGCUUCGAUAUUUUCAGCUUUUUUUCUUGGUCUACUGUCUGGCAAUAUUCAAGUAGCCAUUGACGUCAGACUUUGAACUGUGACCCGGAACCUGUACACUGGAGGUCCUCCAGGAUGGCUGGGCGAGGCUCUGACAUGAUGGAGCACGAUGGAGAGGAAACUAUAUCAGAUGUCAGUUUUCCCUUGGGAGAGGGUGUGUAUGGCCGCGGAAGAAGUACAAUCUCUAUGUCUGAUGAGGGAGAGGAGGCUUUCUAUGUGCCUGAGAGGAGACCCUCCCUGGACCUGGGAGAUGGCCUGAGACCCAUGGACACUACUCACUGGCAUGAUGUGGAAAGGGCUCAAACCCCGGUCCACAGCUACAAUUCGGUAAAUAGUGAUACACAAUUCUGGCCAUCUGAUGAACUGGAUGAAGAAACUGAGCUGUCUGCUACUAGAGUCCAGCUGGAAAGAACAGAGUCUUACUCCAGUGGCUACUCCGUAGACAGUGACUGUGAGACCAGAACCAGGAAGUCUCAAGACGCUGCACCUAAAGAAGAGGGUCCUGCAGUGGAACCUCCGAGACCAGAGCUGAUCAAAAACCCAGACGAGAAGAGGCACCCUGCCCUGACUGUAGACUUCACCUUCAAGGCCAUCAGGAAGACACUGGAGAAACUGGGGAAGGAUGAUUUGAGGACAUUUAAGAUCACGCUGUGGAAGCGCUACCCAGAGUCAUUCAGCUCUCCUCCCCAGGGCAUGGACAUGGUGGACCUGGUGGAUAGACUACUGGAGUUUUAUGACCUAGAGGUGGCCCUGCAGCUCACCAAGGCCCUGCUGAAGGACAUGGGCCUCAAACGCCUGGAUGCCUACCUCACGGACCUCUGCAAGAAAAAUGAGGUGCGUUAUGAGCUGAGAGGCACUCUGUUGAGAAAGUACAGCUGGGUGUGUGAGGGUGUUGCCCAGCAGGGAGAGCAUAAGGCCUUUGACAGUAUCUUUAAUGAGCUCUAUAUAACAGACCGAGGCAAUGCUGGGCCCAACAUCGAGCACGAGGUCAGAAAGAUCGACAAGCUGUCCACCAAUCGCAAGGAAGAGAAGCGGAUCACCUGUAGCCAGAUCUUUGACCCCGAUGUGAUUUAUGAGAAGCAUGUGAGUCAUAUAGUGACCAACGGCAUCGCCGGGGUAGGGAAGUCUAUGGCCGUACAGAAGUUCAUCAUGGACUGGGCAGAGGAGCGCAAGCACAAUCAUGUCUACUUCCUGUUCCCACUGCCCUUCAAAGAGCUCAACCUCAUGCUGAAACUGAAGAUUAGCCUCCUGGAGAUCGUCCACACUCUCUACCCCGAGACCAAGGCGUUGCCCACCUUCGAGUGCGACGAAGGCAAGGUCAUGUUCAUCUGUGACGGGCUGGACGAGUAUGCACAUUCCCUGGACUUCCACCGCACCGAGACUUGGUGUGACAGCACUGAACCAGCCGCCAUGCACGUGGUGGUAACCAACCUGAUUAGGGGCAACCUGCUCCCCUCGUCUCUCCUCUGGAUCAUCUCUCGCCCCCUCACCUCUAGUCGGCUGCCCCCAGAGUCUGUGCACCAGGUGUUGGAGGUCCGUGGCUUCACCAACGAACAGAAGGAAGUGUACUUCAGGAGGAGGUUUCAGGACCCGGCACAGGCCGAUAAGGUGAUUGCCCACCUGACCUCCUGCAAGACCCUCCACAUCAUGUGCCAUCUGCCCAUGUUCUGCUGUGUGGUGCGGGAGGUUUUCCAGCACACGUUUAGGGAGAAGGGGCCGGAUGCAGAGCUGCCCAAGGGGCUGACCCUGAUAUACACUCGCUUGCUGCUGGUGCACCUGCAUGUGCGUGGUGCCAGGGGCUCAGCCUCCCGCACCCCGGAAGAGGAGAGGGACUUCCUGAUUAAUCUGGGCAAACUAGCCUUUACAAUGCUGGAGAAAAACCAGAUGGUCAUUGGCAAGGCCACCUGGAAGGACUGCGGUGUGGAUGUCGCUGAGGCUGUCACCAAUAGUGGCCUGUGCAUUGAGUUCCUGAUCGAGCAGUUUGUCAUGUACCAGGAGAGGAUCCAGACCUUCAUCCACCCCACCAUCCAAGAAUACCUGGCUGCCCUCUACGUGUUCCUCACCUGGAGGUGUACGGGGCAGAACGUCCUGCAGCAGCCACGGAAUAGCAAGUUCUCACGCAUGUUCAAGGACCCCGGGCUGCUGGACAUGCACCGCAGUGCUAUAGAGAGAAGCUUACAGAGCCCCGAUGGAAACCUGGAUGUCUUCCUGCGCUUCCUGUUGGGCAUGGCCCAGACAGCCAAUCAGGAGCUGCUACAACGCUUCCUACCCGAUAAGAACAAAUGCUCAUCGGCCUCUGAGGAGACGGCCGCCAUUAUCAGGAAGAAGAUUAAAGAGAACCACUACCCUGACAGGAACGCAAACCUGCAGUGCUGCCUGGACGAGCUUGGUGUUGGUGCUGAAGCUCCCAGACGCAGCCACUCAAACUCUGUGAAGAACCAAUGACUGACUACAGUAUUUAUAAAGAUGUAUAUAUUAGGUUUGAAAUAUGGGUUGUAUAGUUAGACAAACUUUUAUAAGGGAAUUGGGGAAGAAAGAUAUGGAUUACUUCAGGGUUCCUUUGUAACUACUCAACUGUGGUAGUAUUGUGGAAAUAUGUCAUGAGAAGUAGCCACAAGGUGGCAGUAGCAUUACACUACUAUACUACUGAGACACAGAAGAGUGAAAGGGAUGUGACAAAUUACAUUCAUAGGCAGUCAUAUGUAUUGACUGUAUACUUAAUAUAACAUUGUGAUGAUGUUUUACACUAGGUAUGUGCAACUGAUGGGGGUGGGGGGGGUCACAAAUUCCUAACUCACGACAGGCCGCAGUAGCGCACAGGUCUGUGUACCCACACAUGCAGUCAGCGCCAGCCCCAAGCCUUUUGCGGGCAAAACAUUUUAGUGGACCCCUCGACAAGGAAGAGAAACCAUUUAAUUUCCUGUAAUUCUACACAUUUUGCCAUGGGGCUUACAGCAAAUGUUGCAGUUUUAAAGCAAGUUUUCGGCAAUUCUACACAUUUUGCCAUGCGGUCGAGAGAAAUGUUAGCAGUUUUUGAAUAUGAUAUCUGAGUGAGAAUUACUAACAAAAUCAAUGGGGGCCCCUGGAUGGUAAUUUGACCAUGAUUACUACAACUUUAGAUAGCUGGCUAGACUUACUUACCAAUCUAAUUAAGUGACAUUUCAGAUGCACAACCAAAUUUCAAAAUUGCACCUUGCAGGGUUGGGUCAAUUACAUUUAAAUUCAGAAAGUAAACCCAAAUCUACAUUUUCCUCAUUGAAAAGCAUUAGAAGAUAAUUGGAGUUGGAAUUUAAUUGUAUUUCCUGAAUGUAAAUGGAAUUGACCCCAACCCUGGCACCUUGUGUAUUCUACUAUUCUAACUCACAGCAAGUUGAGAUCCCAACUGAGUUCAUGAAAAAAAUAUUUAAAAAACAUUUGGGGCAUUUCCUCCCAAAUAUGUUCUCACUCGCCUAUAGUAGGCAACCCAGACUUGCCAAAAGCCCUGAGGGAUGCCAACUUUAAUCUUUGGCAUACUCUAGGAAUCAGGACCUUUUCAGACCUAUUUCAUCAGAAAACCACUACACUGAAAUCCUUUCAAGAGCUCUGCAGUGAAUUAGAUGUGCCAAGAUCCCAUUUUUUAAAAUAUCUUCAAAUUAGACAUGUAAUUUCCUCAUUUACCUCCAAGAGGAGGUUUAGAACUCAGUUGAAUGAAGUUGAAACCCUUCUUGUCACAGCACAAUCCAUUAAAGGCAAAAUAUCUUACAUCUAUAGACUCCUUUCUGAGAAAGGAAGCUCCUCCUUUACUCCUUUGAAAAUAAUCUCGGAAAAGGACCUUGGUCUGACUAUCAGUGAUGAGUUAUGGGCUGAGGUUUGCGACAGGGUAUACUGCUCCUCUACCAGUGUAAAAAUUAAAGAAUCUAAUUACAAAUUGUAUUAUACUCCUUUGAGACUCCAUAGAAUGAAAACCGAUAUGUCUCCUAACUGUAAAAGAUGUACCUCUGAAAGUGGAACCUAUAUGCAUGUAUUUUGGAGCUGUAGGGUGAUUGCCAGAUUCUGGCACAUACUGCUGCACAGAAAAUACUAGAGGUACAGUUUGAUAUGACCCCGUGUAUCUAUCUUCUUAAUGCCCAGCAGGACUUUGUUCUUGAUCCUGACGGAGAAAAUUUGCUUAUGACUAUUACAUACUUUGCUAAGAAAUGUAUUCUUCUAUUGUGGGCCUCUAAUACCCCCCUACAUUUAAAAUGUGGAUUGACCAGAUUGACUUUCUUCCUCUUGAAAUGCGCAGAUACAUGUUGUGUAAGGUACUGUAAAACCUAAAAACGAAUUAUUGGCCCGUCGUCUCAGCGAAUGCUUGAAAUAGCUGAUAAGAACCUUGAUAGUGCUGCUGCAAGUGUUAUAUGUUGUUGUUUUUUGUGUGUUUUUAUUUUAAUUUAGUUUUUGAGUACGUGUGCGUAUGUGUGUGUAUGUAUAUGUGCGUAUGUGUGUGUAUAUAUAUAUAUGUACCAAGGGAAAUAUAUAGAUUAAGAAAAAUAAAUGCUUUUAUUUGACUUUA